UAUGAAUCUACCAGGUUACACUCCAAGGUCGUGCAACGGACUCGGCCCAUAAUGGCACCCUUCGUGGUACCCAUGUCAAGAUGAUAUACUACUCACCGCAUCGCAAAGUCCAUCGUCGGUGGAGAGGGCCCACCCGACUCUGCCGCACUACCACCGCCAUACAGAUCCUCCUCUUCCUCACCGUCUCCCUCGCCGUGUGCGGCCUGCUCGAAAUGAGCGACAUGGGCGUCUCCCUCCUCUCUUCCUCCGGCCAGGGCGUGCUGGACAUUCACAACGAUAAUGGCGGAGGCGGCGGCGGUACAGGGGGAGGCGAGAUUGAGCAGGACAAGAAGCCUGAACGGCCAUCGGCGCAAAGAAGAUAUGCCUACAAAUACACGACAUUGGAGGGAUACUUUCUCCAGGACGACCCCUCGACGGUCGCCGCAGAGUUCGACUUCAUGGCCACUAAUUUCGGCCUCAUCGACCGCGAGUACGACUCGGAUACAACACUCCCCGACAAUGGCCGGGGGAUGACGGCGUGGCAGAGAUUCGAACACCAUGUCUCCUGGAUGAACCGCGCCGCGCAGGAAGACGAGGAUGAUGAAGACAGACGGAGAAGAAAAAGGCAUGGGUCUGCCGCGAGGUAUCUGCUCCUGUUCCUCGGCCGGCAUGGAAACGGCUACCACAACAUCGCCGAGCGCUACUAUGGUGGCGAGGCAUGGGACUGCCACUAUGCUGCGCUAGACGGCGACCCGGACGGGAUAAUGACCUGGAGCGACGCGCGCUUGUCCAAGGAGGGACAGAGGCAAGCGAGGGAGGUCAAUUCCUUCUGGCAGAGACAGAUUGCCGAGCAGAAGAUGAACCUGCCGGAACUGUGGUUGGCGAGUCCCCUCGAUAGGGCGAUGGAGACUGCCGACAUCACGUUCGAGGGCAUCCUCCCAGAUGGAGCCAAGCUGGAGGCAACUGUGAUGGAGAAGCUGAGAGAAGGCACCGGGAUACAUACGUGCGACAGGCGGAGCGAUGUUUCAUACAUUCGACAGCGGUUCCCAGCCUUCAACGUCGACUUGGACCCACAUUUGACGGAAACAGAUGAGUUCUGGGACCCCGACCGACGUGAACCAGAGAGCGCGUUGACAGAGCGCCUAAGGGCGUUGAUGGACAGUUUGAUGGGCCACGAGCAGCUUGUUGGUGGAAAAGAGAGGGUCAGCAUCACCAGCCAUUCUGGCGCGAUUGGGGCCCUGUUGAGAGUAUUGAGCCACAGGCAGUUCAGUCUGGGUACUGGAGCCGUCAUUCCUGUGCUUGUCAAGGUCGACAAGAUCCCUCUCGAUGAUGGCGACGACGACGAUGAAGAUAAAUUGAGGAUGAGCAAAAAGUCUGCCUCAAAGAAGGAAAAACGGCACGGCGGAUCAGGAGAGGGCGGCAACCAUAAAGAACCCACGCUGGACCUACCUGACCUCGAGGAGGGCGAUCACGAUGUCGAUGAUGAGGUUGAAAAGGGAAAUGACAAUGCGAAGCAAUCGUCAGGCAUCGACCCGAACGACCGCUCGAAUUGGGAGCCCAUCCCCUCUUGCCCCGCCGACCUGGAUGUCCCGAAUGUUGGCCACAGCCGCUGGGGCGUCGGGCUGAGAGAGUACCUCGAGGGAGUAGAGAAUGGGACGGUAACAAUGGAGGAGGUGGCAUUUCGCUUUACGGCGUGACGAGGUCUGGGACUAUUAAAAGUGUAAUGGCCAAGGACAUAUAUCUCUCUUCUUUAAAGAAGGAAGGGAGUGGAAAUCGAUUGGAUCUUGGAUCGAGGAAUCUUGGACCCUUGAAUUGUUUAUAUCCAAAGCGUGCAAUUACAUGCAUAGAGAUAUAUUUCCUAGGUGGCGAUGUUCCUGAUUGUGGGUGUAUAAUGAUACCUUACGAGGGUCCCGAACGGUGCAAGAGCAAGGCUAUGGCAUUAAAACCACCGCGGCGGGAGCCUUGUCCUUCCUUUCCCUCACACUCGAGGGCAGGACUUUCAUGCGACACUUUUCACUAUUUCUGGUGAAGCCAUGUCGACAAAUCAGUUGUG